AUGUUCGGCAAAUUCAUCUCCGAAACGUACAACAAAGUAAAGAGCAAGGCAGAUGAAGUGAGAUUACACGUAAGCGUUCAAGCGAUAAAGGCGAAGGAAGUUUUCGGACUGGUCAAACCAACAACUGUAGAACAACUGGAGGUUUUACUAAACUAUGAAUUGCAGCAAAUAGACACAGCCGAAGCCUUAAUAGAAACAUAUAAAAAAUGGAUAUACCAUUUAUCUCAAUCGGAAAAAAGUGACGGUAUAAGGUACUACAAAAAUGUCAAUCGGGGCAACGAGAAGAGGGGGUCAGGAAACUCGACAGGGAACAUGACAGUAAACACGACAGCAAAUACCACAGCAAACACGACCAUCCCCUCCUUCACCAACAGUAAUGAAGAACAGAAAGAUAACCCCUUCCAAGUGAAAGUAAAAAGCGAACUUACCCUAUCAAAUAGCAACAUCACUAGUGCGUGUAACAGUGACCUUAUCGAUGCGUAUGACUCCUACUGCAAUAGCGAGGAUGAACCUGCGAAGAGGGAGACAAAUCUUGACAUGCAGGAUCAGAAUAGCGCAGGAAUGGCCACUCCAGCUAAGUUAAACGAUAUCAUUGAUGCGGAGUCGAAAAGCAACGUAAAGUUAAGCAGCCAGGAGAGUCUUCCCAAUGUUGGAAGCAACACGGUACACGAAACGAUCAACACGGACAAGCAUAAAACGAACACGACAAACAAGUGCCAACCCAACCAGAACCCAAACAAUGAACAGCUAGAUAGCUACAUCUACGAUGAUCACUACGGAUACAAUUUUAAAGAAUUUUUUCUAAAGAGUAACAUAUUGGAAAAAUCUAUAAGCCUUAUUUUAGAAAAAAGAGAAAUUAGAUUAUCGCUAGUUGGACCCAUAGAAAAAGACGAUUUGGAAAAUCCAAGAACCACCAUUCUCACCAUGUUCAGUCACUGCCUCAUUGGAAAUCAGAAGCUCCAUAAAGAUAUCCUCUUCAUUAUACUAACAACGGAUAAGCUAUUUGACAACCAUAAAGAAUUAUUUUUAGAACUACUAGCUGUUCUGAAAUAUGACUACUUAGAUGUAUACCUGAUGAAUAUUAGGAAAAUCAUAUCAGCUGAGGUUCUUUCGUUGAAGAAUAAAAUCCAGAUGUACGAUUCGCAACUCAUCAACGUUAGUAAACUUUCCUCCUUGGAUAUCCUCAGCCCGAAGACCAGCAUCUCCUCCAUCGACUUGGACAAGGAGGAGGGGCACUCCCAGCAGAACACAUCACCACACACGGAAAAACCAAACCUUGAGGUGCAACCCCCCGCAUUCAGUUUCGAAAGUUUGGACAGCCAACCGGUUAACGUGCAGAUAAAAAUCGGUUCUGAAGAGUUGCCUGGAGAGGCACACUCACACGGAACAGAGAAAAAAACAAACUCAGAUAACCAAACCAAUGACAAAAGUGCAUUCGAGAGGGAAUCCAAAUUGCAAAACGAACCCCCCGCAGAUGAAAAAGAAAUUAUCGAAUCGAACAAAAUGCAGCAGAUAAAAAUACUAGCAUCAGCCAAACUGAUAGAAUUACACAAAAUGUUGCAAAGGAUCCUUCAAGUAGCAACAGAAAAUAGACAAAAGAGAAAAGUGGAAAUUAAAGUAAAAUUGGAAGAGUUGAAGAAAAUAAUGGAGGUGUGCAAAAAGGAUUGCGAAAUAACUCUGCACGACACGGAAGAUUCUAAAGUACAUAUAGAAAAUGUAUACAUAAAAGAAGUAGAUCUAAGAACCAACAAUAUCAACGAAACACAACAACAAGUAGAUCAGAUGAAGAACGAAAUAGAGGAACUUUUAAAAAAGAAAAAGGAAAUAUUCAAUGAGUAUCAACUUAUAUGCAAUGAAAUAAACACAAAGAACAAACAGCUAUCAGCAGUAUUGUCCAAUUUAACAAAUUAUAAGAAGGAACUAAAUCAAGCCGAAGUGGAAUAUUUAAAUAAACUGUCAAACACAAAUAAAGCCAAACACAUGCACCAGGAGAGGAAAUUAUAUAUAUCCAACUUGGACAACAUAUCAGAUGAAAUUUUAAAGGAAUAUGAAAAUUCGACCUACAUAGGUACAGAGGAAUUGGUGUCCAAAACGAGGAAAAUGAAGAAGCCCCUAAGCAAAGUUAUCACUAACCAUUUAAUUUAUUUGAAAGAUAAACUUUUCCUACUAAAUGCAUUAUUAAAAUUUUAUGUGCAGCGGGUGAAGUUCCUCCUGGGGGAACAGCACACCGGGGAAGAAGCAACGCAGGGGCAGAGUACCGAUCAGUUCGUUCCUUCUGAAGGGUGCGACGAGUGCAGAAAACUAAAACUGAUCAAAUAUAAAAAAUGCUACUUCAAAAUUAUCGAGCAAAUAAGCAAAGUCUGGGUUGCCAUACAAGAAUUUUACGAUCUCAAUAAAGAGAACAUAGAAGAUACUGAGGGGGACUGCCCCGCCGAUGCGGUAUAUCAGCAGAUUAAUGACCUAUACAAUUACAGCAAGCAGUUUAUCGUGCAAAAUGGCCCCAUCAUUUCGUCAAUCUGA